CAUGAUUUGAUUAUAAGUUAUUAUUAUUAUAAGUUGUGAAUUUAAAAAAAAAAAAAGAAAAUACGGGAUCAGAGAGGUUUAACCUGCUAAAAGUCGUAACAAAUAUCGGUGCAGGCAUCUCGUAACGACGAGGCAAACCAAAUCAUCAUUUCCCAUUCUGAUCAACAGAAGGAUCAUCAUUAUAUUCUUUAAAUUCAGUAUUUGAACUUCGUAGCAAUAUUAUUUUCUUGUGAGAAAGCCUUUACUUUAUACGCCACCUAGUUGUUUCUUACUACACUGCUGGAUUUGAUUCUACACACACAUACACAUAUGUAUUUAUGUGCAUGCAAGCAUAACCAACACAAAUUUACCGCUUUCUACGUACAAGAAAUCAAAUCUCACCAAUAUUCCUGUAUCGAAAUUUGACUUAUAUGAGGCAACGUAUGUCUAGGAGUCAUAAAUCCCGUAGAGGAUUUAAAAUUGACACAAUUUUGGAAAGAUUAAUGUCUAAAAAUAAUCAAGAACAAACUCUUGGUGUACGUGGAUAUAUGACACUUACAUUUUUAGGAUUUUAUGAUAAGAAAAUUGAAGCAUCACAAGAUCCAGUAAAAGUAGAAACUUUACUUUUAAAAAUUUGUCAUAAGAAAAGGAAAGAUGUAAGCUCACCUAUUAUGCAAGUAUCUGUUGGAACAAGUGAGGUCCCAAUUAAUCCUUUAGAAAAUCAACCUCCACCUAAAGCACCAACAAUCUCAAUACCUAAUGAAUCUUUUAGUUUAAAUAAUGGACAUGUAGCGAAAACGUAUAUGCUUUUAUUGAGGGUAUAUUGUAUGUCUAACAAUAGCUGCCUUAUACAUAGCUGUGAUUUAGAAGAACCAGCACAGAAACGUCGAAAGUCUUCUGCAGGUUCAAUUAAAAGUAGCGGCGAAGAAGUAAAAUUGUAUGGCUCUGAGCUCAUAGUAUAUGAUAAGCAUAACAGAUGUCUUCUGACAGAUGGUGAUUAUGAAUUAGGUUUGCAGGAAGUACAAACUAAUGUUAGAUCCAGCCCAAAAAAAUACAGUUCUUGGGAAUCUGUACCUGACAUUAAAGAGUGUGGUCCUUUUGAAGUGUUCAGUAGAGGUCCUACAUUAAAAUUUAGACUUAGUUGGACUAUGGAGCCAAGUAAUGGUUUAGUGGACAGACCUGCUCCUAUUCACCCAGUGCCAAGCGGUGACAAUAAAGAAAAUCGAUCAAGCAACACUGGCUUUGAGCGUUCUUCCACAAAUCAUAAUAAUAAUAACACCAAUAAUAACAAUAAUACAACACUGCCAACACCUAGUCCAUUGACCCCAUCAAGAAUGUCUGUAUCCACUGAAAAAAUGGAGAAUUCAAUGGGUACCCAACAAAUAGUUUAUCAAUUUUUAUACAAUAAUAACAGUCGUCAGCAAACAGAGGCUUGUGAGGAUCUUCAUUGCCCAUGGUGUUCAUUAGAUUGUGGGAAGCUCUACUCUCUUUUAAAACAUUUGAAGUUAUGUCAUUCUAGAUUUACGUUUACUUACGUGCCAAUACCACAAGGUGCCCGUAUAGAUGUAGCAAUAAACGAAUGUUAUGAUGGUUCAUAUGCUGGUAGUCCACAUGAAUUAAUCACUCAACCAUCUGGGGUAGCUUUUUCACGUACAGGCCCAACUAGACGUACGAGUGUAACAAAUAUUUUAGUCUGUCGGCCAAAGAGAACAAAACCGAGUUUAUCCGAAUUUCUUGAACUUGAUGAAAAUGAAUUUGAAAGCCAAAGACCUUACAUCACUGGACAUAAUAGAUUAUAUCAUCACACUGUCACUUGUUUGCCUAUUUAUCCAAAAGAAAUGGAUAUUGAUUCUGAAGGAGAAAAUGAUCCAAAAUGGUUACAAACAAAGACAAUGAUGAUGAUUGAUGAUUUUACUGACGUUAAUGAAGGUGAAAAAGAAUUAAUGAAAAUGUGGAAUUUACAUGUAAUGAAGUAUGGAUAUGUAGGAGACUGCCAAAUACCAUUGGCUUGCCAAAUGUUUUUAGAAACCAAAGGAAAGGAAUUACUUAUGAAAAAUUUAUAUCGGAAUUUUGUACUACAUAUGUGCAGUUUAUUUGAUUUUGGUUUAAUUAGUCCUGUUAUUCUUUAUCAGACAAUUCAAAAGUUGCAGGAGAUUAUGAAAGAAGGAGGUGAAAAUGGUGAUGUUCGCAAAGUUUUGCAAAAAUCUCAUGAGGCUCAAGUAGAAAGAUGGGUUUCUACAGGUUUUCAAGCAUCUACUGAUGUUACUACUGCUAAAGCAAGUGGUACAAAAAUCAGUUUUAAUAAUGACUGUUCAAGUUCUAAUGCUAGAAGGAAAACUUCGCUCCCUUUGGGGUCACCAAAUUCUCAAAAUGUAAAAUCUACUGUUUCUAUGCAUAUGUUUCAGUCAACACAUUAACGUUUAUUUUGAUUUUAUGUGCAGUUUUGACAAAUUAAAAAUAUAUCAGAAAGGAACGUUAAAUUUGUUCCUGUUUAAAUAAUCUGCAUUAGUUCAAAAUGCACUUUAUUAAUUAAUAAUUAUAUAUUGGCAACAAUGUUAUUUUUUAAACAUAUAGUAUCAUACUGAUUUUUUUAUGGUCUAGUCAAUGAUACUGUUCAUGUUAUCUAUAUUUUAUAUCUUUGGAUGUUACAACUAUUGAUACAAAUGAUUUCAAACUUAUGCUCGUAAUUAUAUAUAAAAUUCUCUGCCUCAUAAAAAUUAUAGGACACCUUUAUUUGUAAUAGAAUUGGAUUUUGUGAUAAAAAGCAUUGACCCUAAAGACAAUCAAUUUUUGGGGAAUUAUUGUUUAAAAGUAGGACUCUUUCUUGAAUCUUCUUGAAAAGUAGUCCUUAACUUCUGCUUACAAAUAAUCGAAGUAUGUCAAGUAUUUUUUGUACAUGCUGUUCUUUUAUACAGUAAAAUAAUUAUGUACUUUAUAGAAUGUUUAUUUAAAUUAUCUUAUAACUUAUCAUAUUAAUAUUUUAACAUCUAAAUUCACAUGGAUGUAUUAAACAGGUAUUUUAUUGACGAUAACGCGUCAUGAUCAAAGACAGAAUUUAAUUAAUUAAAAUUGAUCUAUUGUGCUCUAUUUGAAAUAUUCAAAUCUUAAAUUGUAAAUGUUAUUCUGUAAAAGAAGGAACGCAUAGAUUGAAAGUGCCUUUACCAAACUAGCAGGUCUGUAUGUGAGAGUAACAAUAGGCCAGUUUGGGGAUCUGUAUAUGUAUAUUUUGUUUCCUACACAUGUUAUAGGUCAUUGUUCUCUCAUACAAGCUUGUAAAUCGGAGCUAGUGCAUCAUGAUGAAACGUUUACUUGAGUGUAAUAUAUGACUUUUACUGCCCAUAGUUGUUCGAAGAAACGUCUACAUUCCUUUACAUAUAUUAUCUACCAUUUCUUUAUAUCUGUUUUAUUAGUUAUUCAUUAUAAACGUGCUCCUAAUGUUUGUUAAGAAUUUUGGAAUCUUCGUUUUCUUCGAACGACUUCAACUACUGUCCAUUAAUAUUAUUGUCUAUGCUAGGAUGUAAAUAGAAAAAAAAUUACAAUAAAAUACAUGGACAUAAAAAUAAGUGGUAAUUAUUACUUUUGUUUAAAAUUCAAAUAUAUAGAAACAUUUUCAAAGUUUAUCUAAUGAUACAUUGUAUUAGACUGCAAUGAAAUUUGUUAGUAAAAGAGAGAAAGAGAGAGAGAGAGAGAGAGAGAGAGAUUUUUAGUAUUUUAUUAUAUCUCUCAUAUACAUUUUAUGAAACAAGAGAAUUUUAAAAACAAAUUGUAUGAAAUUGGUUUCAUCUAAUUGUCUGAAGGAACCAGUUGUCAUCACAAAUUUUAACUUUUGAUAAUACUAUUUAUCCAAGGAAAUGAAUGUUGUAAUCCAUGAUAUAAAAUUUUUUAUUUAUCCCCAAAUUUUUGUAAUCCACAUCCUGUAGAAUGUCAAAAUCUGUCUUGCCUAUUAUACCUUAUAAUGACAAAAGAUAUGAUAACUUUCAAGAGAAAUCAACAUCAAAAGUUAAGAAUCUUAUAAAAUUAUGGAAAUCUGCUAAUGUGAAGUUAAGUCUUCUUUGCAACCUUGACAAUAUUGAUGCUAUAAGUGUUUAUGGAAUAUCAAGAAAGAUUUUUUUUCGUUUACAAAAGUAUUAUAAUUAUAUAAGCUUGAAACUCUUGCCUUAUUCAAAUGAAAAGUGUUUUUCUGGAAAUAUAAAGCAAUGCUACAGACUUGAUAAAUGCCAACGAAACAGUCUUCAUCUUUUCACUAAACUACAUAGUUUAAAAAAGCAUACUAGACUUAUACAAAAUCAAAAGAAAAUAAGAUAUAUUAACCAUGAUAUAAGAAACAAUUAUUUGUCCAUCAAUAAAAAACAGAAUAACAAAGAAGAAAUAAAUAGUAAAAUUAAUUCAAAUUAUAACUAUACAUGGAAUUCUAAUGGAAUGCAGAAUUGUACAGUUACAACUACUUUUUUUCCUAAAAUUGAAAUGGAAAAAACUCUUCCAUUAUAUAAUAUUGUGGAUUUAUUUGCAAACUUGAAUUUAGGUCAAGUAAAAAAUAAUACUAUUCCUGUUAAUGUGUAUGAAACAAACUAUGAAAAGGAUCCGGAUAAUGCACACAAUGAUAAAUCAACUUUAUCCAAUAAUAUAAAUUCUAUGUGCAAAGUUAUGAUGGAAGAAUCAUUUCAUCAUCCUUUUACUGGUAAAUCAAAUGAAAUUAUACAAUUAUCAAAUUAUAAUUAUAUCAAUACGAAUUAUUCUAAUACACAAUGUAAAGUAAAUUUUAAUUCUGAAGAUAAUUUAAAAAACUUAAAGUAUUUGAUAAAUGAUAUAUCUGAUAUCCCACCUAAAGAAACUAUACAAGUACAUUCUGAAGAUGUUUCAUGCAAAACUCGUUCUAUACAGUGGAGUACUGAAGUUGAUGUGAUUUAUUAUACUGGUGAUGCAAAUGGAGAUAAGGUAAUAUGGAGAGAAAUAGAGCCACUUCAUGAAGAAGCAUACCAACAGGCAAAUCAUAAUGAUCUUCAGAUAACUCUGACAAAUAAAAAUAUAAUUUCUUCUAUGAAUAAUUAUCAGUCUUUUGAUUCUUAAGUUGGUACAAUUACUAAAUCAAUUUGUAAAGAUCUAUAACGUAUUAUUAAAGACAAUAUUAUUAAAUAAUAUAUUUCAUAUAUUA